CGAGAAGUCCGGCUGCAAGACGCGCAUGCGCAAUCCCUCCUCCUCCUCCUGGCCGGCGCGAGUUCGAGGCCCGCUGCCUCCUCUUCCACAGCAAGCAAGCAAGCAUGGCUUCCUCGGCCGCUUUCCCGGGCCUGCUCUUCCCGGGGAUCUUCCGGGCCGGGCCGCCCCACCGCGCCAUCACCCGGCCCUCCCCUUUGGCGGCUGGGUGGGGGUCCUAUGGGCAAGUGCAGAGGCAGGAGGAGGAGGAGGAGGAGGAGGAAGAAGAGGAGCCGAGGUUCGUCCCCCGCCACAGGAAGAUGCCCCUGGAGACCUGGAAGCCCGCCACGGCCGCCCCGCUGCCCCUCAAGCCCCCCGACGCAGGCUGCAGAGUCCCGGCCAUGACCCCCGAGGAGGUCCUCAACUUGGACCAGAUCCGGUCGAACGGCACCAGCACCAACACCAGCACUCGGUCCACCCUGGACUUCACGGGACAGCUGGGCUCCUUCUUCACGGACCACCCGGACGUGGCCUUUGGCUCCAUGGGCAGACUCCUCCAGGAGAACUUCUUCCUUGGGAACGGCAGGGUCCCCGCCAAAGCGCGGGGCGAGGUCUGCCGCGUGGCCCGUAUCCUGAAGGACCUGGACGAACGGCCCCACAGCAACAGCUGCACCCUCUUUGAGUCCCGGCGCCACUUGCGCCUGGUGGCCCACCACUGGCGGGACUGGCUCUUCGAGGUGCCGCUGGUGCCGGUGGCGGAGGGGGUGCACCAGGACCUGGCCCAGCGCUGGAAGAGCCUCUCCUUCGAGGACCGCCCUGCAGGGGGCGCCCUGGCCUGGCUGGACGGCAGCACUGACCACAAGGGGUGCCUGGUGCACCCGGCCGGAGAGGCCAUGAACCAGCUCUGCUUCCAGGAGGUGGUUCUGAAGCCAGACCCCUCCGGCCACUUGACCCCUCGGACCCUGGGCCCUGCUACAGAGUUUGAGCUGAACGGCGUGGUGCGACAAGUGGCAUCCGCACAGGUGGAUGGCUGCGACUUCCUGGGGGUGCGCUCGGACCACCACUGCGCGGCCUGGAGGCUGCAGCCUGGAGAAGCACCAGAGGCAUUGGAGGUGGUGACCACGGACGCCCCCUGCUCUUCCGUCUCCGUCAGCCCCCACCUGCCCGGCCAGCUCUCCCUCUGCACCCUCCACGGAGCCGUCUACCUGUGGGACGUGAAGGCCAGGCUCCAGCUCCUGCACCAGGACAAGGAGACCAUGUUCUUCCGCGACCCGUCUCCUUGGCGCUGGAGCGAGUUCACUGCCCACCCGCGGGUGCUCACUCUGGCUGACCGGACCGGCCUGGUAGGCCUGGACCAGAGGGUGGGCCCGGGCUCCCACUUUGACCUCUUCAAGGUGGGGGCGGAAGCCGAUUGCCAGCAGGGAGAGCGGCUGGUGCUCUCCAAGUACCUGGGCCGGGCACACCCCUUCCAGCACCUGCUGGCCUCUCAGUUCUGCGUCUUCGUCCUAGACGAGCGCUUCCCGCUGGUGCCCCUCCUCCGCUCAGAGCACAUGAUGGAGCGGCCCCCCCUCUUCGCCCAGCUGCUCCCCGCCGGGGGGCCCCGCCAGAGCCACAAGCUGAUCCUGGGGUCCCACCACGCGCAGGAGCUGGCCAUGCUGCAGUACACAGGAGGCGGCAGCACCCCCUGCCAGCUGUGGGGCCCCCCGCAGAAGCUGCCCUCCAUCCGGCACAGCCUGCCCCACUUCCCCCUGCAGACCCCCCUCCGGCUCAGCGCCCUCCGCCAGCGCCUCUCCCUCCCGUACACAGGCAUCACGGCUGCCCUUGUCCAGAGGGAACACGACCACCGGUCCAUUGUGGUCUUCCAUCUCUCCGAGGCGGGCGACCUCUUCUUCCACCCAAUGAUUUGCCAGGACGAGGAGGACGAAGAGGAGGAAGAACAACAAGAGAAGCACCUGGAUUCAGAAGAAGAGGAAGAGGAAGAGGAAGAGGAGGAGGGCUCUGUGUCCGAAGGGGACACCCCGUACCUGCGCUGGCUGGAGUCCUUCCUGCAGUCCUGGGAGCGCCUGCCUUUGGACGCCCAGGGGAGACCCCCCACUCCGGCCAGCCUGACCCAGGCCUACCUCUUCAAGCAGCGGGAGCUGCUGCGCGGCCAGGACAGCGCACCAAACAGGAAGGCUCGCCGGCACCUGCGCCGCGCCAUGGAGGAGAGGCGCCUGCUGGGGCCCCUUGGUGACGGGGGGCCCUCUCCCGCCCUGCCCCCGCCGGAGACCCCUCUCAAGGGCCGGGACGACCUCAGUGAGCGCCUGGAGGCCUCCUGGGGGGGCGGCUGGGGGAGCUGGUGGCAGGACAGGCUGGGCCAGACCCUCGACCAGAAGCGCCGGGCCUUGCGGGAGCGCCGCCGGCGGGCCAAGAGGGCCCGGGGGCCCGCCAGCCUCUCGGGGAGCUUUGCCUCGUCGACCAGCGGCCCCUCCGAGCUCAGCGACUCCUCCUGCUCGGCCAGGAGGCCCCGGGCAUUGCGGACCCCUAUGGAGCCCCCUCCUCCUGCUUCCCAAGAGGCCGAGACGGAGGGGGAGGAUGCCGGGGGGCUGCUCUCCUCCCAGACACUGCGCGAGAAGGGCAUCCCGCGGGAGAGGAGGCGCACCCUCAGGCAGUACCUGGCCCUCUGGGACCGGGCCCCGGGACCCCAGGAAGAGGAGGAGGGGAAAGCAACGCAAGACCCCCAAGUGGAAUCCUCCUUGCCCCCAAGCCAGGCCUCCAGCAUCAGCAAUUGGUCCUCGCAGCGGCCCAAGGAGAAGGCGCGCAUGGGGUUCUGAUGGGACCCUUGAGCUGUGAGAAAGAGCAUGGGCCAGAUGUUUUGGACUGCAACUCCCACCAUUCCUAACAGCCUCAGGCCCCUUGAUAGGAGACACAUGUGGGAUCCACUAUGGGGGAGAAGCACGAGAUCCAGCAUCCCCGUGUGUUGGCACGCUUAAGUGGCUGAAAAGGAAAAGGAAAGGGCCUGAGGCUGUUAGGAAUGGUGGGAGUUGAAGUCCAAAGUAUGAAUAGCCCAACCCAAGCUCGAGCAAGAACCCAUGAGAUCAUGCCCCACACACUUGGCCUUCCUUUUCCCCCUCAGCUUAAGCGGCCAAGAGGGAAAAGGAGGGGGCCUGAGGCUGUUAGGAAUGGUGGGAGUUGCAGUCCAAAAAUGAGCCAAAGCCAUGCAACCAAGCCUCCCUCUCUCCCCCUGGCAAUGCUGGAUUGCAGCUCCCAGCAUCCCCAACCACUGGCUCUUUCCAACAGAAGAGAAAAUACUACUGGGAUGGAGCAAGGAGAUAUUUUGUUUGUUGAUUGUAGAAAUUGCAAAGGGUGAUGGUGUCAGCAAGGGGUCAAGGUGUUGCAUCCCACCCCCGCUUUAGCCCCCUUUGUCUUACAGCACCUCGUUCAAGGGCUGACAAUCUAAGGUUGUUUUCAGAAAUAAAUGUGUAUUUUUGGCAUUACUUAUAUAUUGUCAUCAGCUGUACUUGCCACUUUGCAAUAAAAAAUUAAAUAUA